CCCUUUAUGUCUUCCCUCUCCUUUUCAACCCUCCCUCCUUUCCGUCUCCUUUUCUGUGCUCUAUAUGUGGCUCUUGUGGAAUCUGCUCCAAAUGUUUUCCAUAUUAGUUCAGAGUCCUUUCUGAUUCUGAAUAGCAGGGAUCGCGUAGGGAGAGAAGCCUCCAGUGAGGAGGGAGGGGAAAAGCAGGGCAAGGGAGCAGUCCAGCUAGAGAGAGCAAAAGAAACGGCAGGCGAGAAAGAAAAGGAAGGACAAAGAGAUAGAGGGCAAGUACAAGAACGUCCAGUCGGCCUCAAAGGAAGAUUAAGAACCUCAGCACGAGACAGGAGGAAUUAUGGGGUCGGGGACGAGUCCGAUGGGGUCGACUGGAGGAGGCAAUGCAAACGCUGGCAAGGAGAAGAAGGGACAAGCAGAAACUGGAGGCUCAGUGCUGGAGGAAGCCCAAAAAUGUUGUGGCUGUCGCUUUCCUUUGCUGGUCGCUCUGUUACAGCUUCUGCUGGGCAUCGCAGUAGCUGCUGUGGCCUUCCUAAUGGUUGCCAUUAGCUCCUCUCUGCUGCCUAGGGAGACGCCCCAUUGGGCCGGCAUUAUUAUGAUUGUGGUUUCUCUGCUGGGAUUUGUCCUCUUCUGCAUCACCAGAAUGCCUGAUGAGAGAGCGACGACUCAAUUUAUUGUAAAGCUCAUGUACUUCUUCCUGUGCACGAUGGGGAUGGUCAUUUCUGCAGUGGUCAUUGCCUUCCAGUGCUACCAUUAUGCCCUGACUAAAAGCUACAGCUGCAAGGAAAUGGGGGAGAACUGUUUGUGCACUCUGGACCCUGAGGAUCCCAUCGCCCGCACCUUCAUCUACAGCGGUGUGACAGACUGCAGUGCUAUCGUAAGCACUCUACCCAUGUAUUACCUUCUGCAGAUGGUGCUGAACCUGGCUCAGGCUAUCGUCUGCCUGGUGGGGGCCUUCCUCGUAUGGAAGCACAGGUAUCAGGUGUUUUUCGCUGGGCUUCAGACGGGAUCUCCUUCUACCCAGAAUUGGCAGAAAGUUUAGGGCACUGAGAGAUUUCUCUGUAGAAGUAAACAUAUGGAGUGUGGGAGUGUUUGUGCCUUUAGAGAAGAAACUGUUUGCUACAGUGUCUGCCAUACUGGGAGUUUUAUGCCAGGCAACCUUUUAUCAAAGCAAUUGAAUGAAAGUCUGUUUCUAUUGCCAUAUUAUAAUAUUUCCAGAAGUUUUAUGCAAUCUUUAGAGUUAUUGUAUUUUUCUACAUUGGCUGUUUGAAAACUUACACUUGUUGAGGUUAACGGUUUAU